AGCCCUCCCCCAGCUGGAACAGGAGCAGCUUGAGGAGGCAGCGGGGUGGGAGGGGGCCAAAGCAGGCGGGAGCCGGGAGAGCACGGGUUGCGGGCAGGCUGCUCCUCCUCACGUCACCCCUCCUGCGCACUGAAGCAGCAGCAGCAGAAAGGCUGGCAGAAACAAAGAGGGGCUGCAGGAAGGGGGGCUGUCGAAGAAACCAUUCUGGGAAAGCUGCGACUGCCCGAUCCCUCAAGACUUUCCGGUGCCUGAAGGAGGGUGGAGGAGGAGUGCCAGGAAUCCAGAUGGCAACGGUCCAGAGACGUUCAGCCCCACCGGCACAGAGGAAGGACUGAGACCCAAGAAGAACCAUCUACAACUGGUCUAAGGGGGCAGGAGGAUGGAAGAGCAGCCACUGGGUCUCCGGAAGGAAAGAAGGCUGGCAGCAUCCAGAAGAGAGGAGAUGGGGGAACUGCAGCAGCCGGGGUUUUUCCAGAGCUGAAAGACAGACACCCAGCUGUGGGGCCCCUGGAAUGGGCCUGGGCUGGAGAUUCAGAAUUUAAGGCUGCCAGAAGAACUAGUCCCCCACUCCCCUCCGAGAGAGAGCUCCAGUUGAUACCCCAUGGAAUCUACCGGGAGUCCUGAGGGCUGAAAGGCUGAGAAUGGACCGGACACACCUGGGCACCCCAUCCCCCUUGGGACCAUCAGGAACCCCAAGGCCUGAGAAGGCUGGGGUAGCCAGAACCUGAUGGGCCAAGGUGCGAAGGACCGGAUGAGCCAGGGUAUCCAGAGAGUGGUGCCUCUCCCUCAUCAGCACUGGGGCUUGAAGAGCUUGGCAUGGCUGCCGCCACUCCGCCUGCCUGAAGCUGCAGCAUUUCUCUUUUCUCUGGCUGGGGGAGGGGAUCGAGGAUGCUCCUCUGCCUGCAGGCUGGAUGCUGCCCUCGGCCACCCCGAGCCUCUUCUGCCAAGGCAGCUGGGCACCUCCCCAUGGCACCCCAAGAGCCGACAGGAGCCCUGGGGCCACAGCCUGCUCAGGAGACGCUGAGAAGGAGGCACAGGGACAGGUGACUCCGUGUGGGGAGCAGCUGGACGGCCACAGCUCAUCUCUGGGGAGCCCAGAGGCCAAGGAGAAGGUGGAAGAGUGCCAGUAGGAGGGAGACCAAGAAAAGGACAGACAGGAGCUGCUCCAGGUCUAGGUUCAUUCCAGUCCCACAACUUUCACAGCUGCAGGCUUUGCCAGUGCCAAGAGGCCAAGGGUUCCUGGGAGAGGCCACAUCUUCCUGGGAGGAGGAAGUUCAUCAAGAAGGGGAGACCAGCAUCAGAUGAAAAACCUUCCCAACGCCCUUGGGUCACUAGUUCCAUCAGCUAACCACAAUUAUUAUUUUUUUUAAAAAAAAUGAUAAAAACACAGCACAGCCAUAGCAAAGGACUGAUUCCUGAAGGCUCCUUGGAUGUCUGCCCUCCUAUGUCUUAGUAUACCCAGGUGGAGGGCCACCUCCUUCUGGAGGAAUCUGGAAGGCCUUCCAUUCCAUGUUUCUCCCCAUCCAGGCACGAUCAAAACUUCCUCCCCAUCUCUGUUCCAGGGCAGAGAUUCAUGCUGACAGAUGACCUCUCCAGUGGCUUCACUCAGAUUUUUUUUGGGGGGGGGGGGGAUAGCUGACUCCAACCACUGCAGGCAGCUUAGACCACCACAGUUGCUCGUACUGAAGACACCCCCCCAUCCAGCUGACCAACAGUGACCAAUGCGGUGCCAGUCUCAGGCCCAGGCCUGACCCCUGACUGAGAGUGAUCCAGGCUCCCCAUAAUUGCCAGCUUCUCCAAUAGAGGGCCUGUCAAGGCGACUACCAUGGAAAGGCUGCUCCUGAUCCAGCUUCUGAUGGUGGGGAGCACCUUAGCUCAGGUGGAGUCCUGCCCCUUUCACUGCGUCUGCCAAAAUCUCUCCGACUCGCUUAGCACCCUCUGUGCCAACAAGGGGCUCCUCUUCAUUCCAGUCAACAUUGACCGGCGGACGGUGGAACUACGCCUGGCUGACAAUUUCAUCCGGGUGGUGGAAGCCCCGGACUUUCUGAACAUGACGGGCCUCGUGGAUCUCACCCUCUCACGGAACACCAUCGACACCCUCCAGCCCUUUGCAUUUGGGGACCUGGAGAGCCUCCGCUCGCUCCACCUGGACAGCAACCGGCUGACAGAGAUCAGGGAGGAGGCUUUGCGGGGAAUGCUGAACCUCCAGCAUCUCAUCCUGAGUAACAACCAGCUGGUCAAUAUCUCUGGGGCUGCUUUUGAUGACUUUCUCUCGACUCUGGAAGACCUGGAUCUGUCCUAUAACAACCUGCGCAGCGUCCCUUGGGAAGGCAUCCAAGGCAUGCUUUGCCUGCACACCCUGAACCUGGAUCAUAACCUAAUUGACUUCAUUAUGGAAGGAACCUUUGAUGAACUCUAUAAACUCUCCCGGCUGGACAUGACCUCCAAUCGUCUUUCCACACUGCCCCCUGACCCACUUUUUGCCCGCUCCCAGAUUGGAGCCAUCAGCCCAACCCCUUACAUGGCCACCAUUGUGCUCAGCUUUGGAGGAAAUCCCUUGCACUGCAACUGUGAGUUGCUGUGGCUGCGGCGUUUGGCGCGAGAGGAUGACAUGGAGACCUGUGCUUCCCCCCAACACGUGGCGGGCCGGUAUUUCUGGUCUGUGCCAGAGGAGGACUUCACCUGCGAGCCCCCUCUCAUCACCCGGCACACCCACAAACUCUGGAUCUUGGAAGGCCAAAGGGCCACCCUGAGGUGCAGAGCCCUCGGAGACCCCGAGCCGGUCAUCCACUGGGUCUCCCCCGAUGACAAAAUCAUCGCCAACUCCUCCAGGGCCAUAUCAUUCCGCAACGGCACCCUUGAUCUUUUGGUGACCACCAUCCGCGAUGACGGGGCCUACACCUGCAUUGCCAUCAAUGCUGCUGGGGAGUCGACAGCCACCGUGGACCUCAAAAUCAUCCCCUUGCCUCAUCGAGGGAACGGCAGCAUCACGGUGCUGCAGCAGGAUCCAGGCUCCUCCGACAUCGCCACCUCGGCCAAGAGCUCUGCCAACGCCACCCAGGAGGCUUCCGAGAAAAGAGUGGAGGUACUGGGGGUGACUGCCACAUCAGCCCUGGUGCGCUGGCUGGCAGAUAAGUCGACCUACAUGGCCUGGAUGUAUCAGAUCCAGUACAACUGCACUGCGGACGAUGCCCUUGUUUAUAGGAUCAUCCCCGCCAGCAGCCAGGACUUCCUUCUUAAACACCUCGUGCCCAGCAUGGAUUACGACCUGUGCGUCUUAGCCAUCUUUGAUGACCUGGCCACUUCGCUGGCAGCCACCCACCUGCUAGGCUGUGCCCAGUUUACCACGCAGGAAGCCUACCCAGACUGCCAUUCGCUGCACGUCCACUUCCUGGGGGGCGCCCUGACAGUGACCGUGGGAGGCAUCAUCGUGGCUUCCUUGCUAGUCUUCACAGGAGUCAUGAUGGUGAAGUACAAAGUCUGUGGCAGCGUCCACGGGAGCCUGCCCAGGGUCAGCAAUGUGCACUCACAGACCAAUGGUGGGCACCCAAACGGCCUGCUGCCCCAGCGGACACCCCCUGCAGAGCACCAGCAGGGGCAGGCCAAGGCAGGGGCAGCCAAGGGUGCAGAGCGCCGGAUGGGAGGCGCUGGCUGGGGAACCCUGGGCUCGGCCAAAGCCAGGCGCAGCAGCUCCCUGGACAUGGGAGACGCCUCCUCCAGCGCCUGCUACAGCUACGCCAAGCGCCUGAGCUUCAUGUGGGCCAAGCGCAGCCAGUCAGUCCACGGGAGGCUGGCACAGGGCACUCCCCUUGAAGACAGCAGCAGCACCGGGCCUGGGCCCUUCCUCAAUGUGGAUAAAUUGGAGGAAAGUGUGGUAUAGCCCUCAUGGGGGAGGACCGGUGUCCUACCCCUAAAGCAUCUGGGACAGCAACUCCCAAUGGGGAGGCUGGCCUUGCUUCAGCUGGUUGAGCCAAGCCUCCCAUAUAGAGACCAGCCCUGCUGACCAGGCCAAGCCUUGCGCAGAGCCCCCAAGCCAGCCAGGCUCAGGGUGAGACCACCUGCAAGCUGGGGAGGGGGAGAGGGCAGGAACAGAGAGAGAGAGAAAGGGGAGGAGAGGCUUGGAAACAGCUUUUUCCUGUGCAUUUUGCAGCUGACUAAUUGAGGUGCAAAUAGUGACCUGGAUUCAAGAAUAAUCCAUUAUUUUGAAGAGGAAAGAAGACAGCUUUUAAAGGGAAAAGAAAACCGUUGCCAAAAGAGAGCAAGAACAUGCUAUUCAAUAAGUCUAAGUCAUCAAGGAUUCAAAGACAAGAGAGUUAAUACAGGAAUGAAGCCUUCAGGCAAGAUUGGCUGUUACCUGUGUUAAAACAGAGAUGUGAAGGCUGGGGGUUGGGGGCGGGGAAUUCAAAAUUCAUGUUAAAGGCAAAUUCUGUACGUGGCAUUUAAUGACCUCUAUAAAUGUCCAUAUGUGUGUCU